AUGGCUAACAUGAGGCUCCUCCUCCCUCUGUCGUGUCUCAUCCUUUCGGUAUCCAUCGUGCCAGGUUAUGCAGCCUAUGGGGCAGCAUACCGCGGUCCUCCAGCUCCUCUGGCCCACGACGGAAGGGUGAUUGACACACCGGAAGUGAUUCACGCGAAAGCAGCUCAUUUAGCAGCUCACGCAGCCGAAGCUGCUAAAGCGAGCCCACUCGGCUACGGCGACUAUUCCGAUGGGAAAUACGAAGACUAUAGCAGCUCUUACGUCGUUCCCGCUCAGAACAUAUACCAUGGACCUCCGGCACCCUUGGCUCACGACGGAAGGGUGAUCGACACGCCGGAAGUGGCGCAUGCGAAGGCAGCGCACCUAGCGGCACACGCGGACCAAAUUUCGAAAAUAGCUCAGAUUUCUUACGCCGAUCCCUAUCCUCAACCACAUUGGUGA